AUGAAGAAUUCAGUAUCAGAACAGAGUUUUUACAUAGAAAGUGAAGAAGAAGAUGUGGAGAAGGAACUUGAAAGAGAUGGAGAAGGUGCAGAAGAAGAUAAUGAAACAGAUUCUGAUGAUUCUUUGGCCGAUGAUAAUCGGCAGCAGAGUAAACCUGGUUCUUACAACACCUCUUGGCCUCAAAGUUACAGGCAAUCCAUCGAUUUAUACAGUAGUGUCCCAUCUCCAAAUCUUACGUUUUUGGGGACUCCUACACUAUCAAGAUUAGGCAGCUCAUUUCUCUCCUCUUCGCUUACAAGAAGACACACACCAGAAUCAUUACCUACUGUGGUAAAACCUCUACUAGACAAACCAGAAGAUGAGCAACUUCCACCACAAAGACGUAGUUCUCAUUCUCUACUGCCUCCAAUUCCGUCAAGAAGGUCAUCAUCCAUUAAAACGGAUGAGAAACCAUCCCGGGUUUCACAUGAACUUCCCAUGUCUCGUCAAAGCUCAUAUGGACAAGCUGUGGUUAACGGCUUGAAUGUUCUGUGUGGAGUUGGAAUUUUAUCCACUCCAUAUGCUGCUAAAGAAGGAGGAUGGAUAGGGCUAUCCAUAUUGAUCAUAUUUGCAGCUCUUUCUUUUUACACUGGGAUGCUCUUGCGUUACUGCUUGGAUAGUGAACCAGGACUUGAAACUUACCCAGACAUUGGCCAAGCUGCCUUCGGUACAGCCGGUCGCAUUGUCACCUCAAUAAUACUGUAUGUGGAAUUGUAUGCUUGUUGCGUUGAAUAUAUAAUUUUGGAGAGUGAUAACUUAUCCUCAUUAUUUCCAAAUGCACAUAUGAGUUUGGGUGGAUUUGACUUGGAUUCUCACCAUUUAUUUGCAUUGAUGACCACCCUUGCUGUUCUGCCUACUGUUUGGCUUAGAGACCUCAGUGUCCUUAGUUAUAUUUCCGCUGGUGGGGUUAUUGCAUCGGUUUUGGUGGUCUUGUGCUUGUUUUGGAUUGGUCUUGUUGAUAAUGUGGGCAUUCACAGCAAAGGGACAGCACUGAAUCUUGGAACUCUUCCUGUCGCCAUUGGUCUCUAUGGUUAUUGUUACUCAGGACAUGCUGUCUUUCCAAACAUCUACACUUCCAUGGCACAACCUAACAGAUUUCCUGCAGUUCUCUUGGCAUGCUUCAGUGUUUGUACUGUGCUGUAUGCUGGAGCUGCUUACAUGGGGUACACGAUGUUCGGAGAAAAAACAGAAUCUCAAUUCACUCUUAACUUGCCCCAAGAUCUGGUUGCCUCAAAGAUUGCUGUGUGGACUACGGUAGUUAACCCCUUUACCAAAUAUGCAUUAACCAUCUCUCCAGUGGCAAUGAGUCUGGAGGAGUUGAUACCAUCAAACCGCAUGAAGUCUCACAUGUAUGCAAUCUGCAUUAGAACCGCACUGGUAAUUUCUACCUUACUCGUCGGUCUCAGCAUCCCUUUUUUCGGUUUGGUCAUGUCAUUGAUUGGAUCUUUGCUCACAAUGCUUGUAACCUUGAUACUUCCUUGUGCUUGCUUUCUGAGCAUCUUGAGGGGUAAAACAACAAGAUUUCAGGGUGCAGCUUGUAUCAUGAUCAUUGCAGUUGGGGUUGUGUCAUCGGCCUUUGGAACCCACUCAGCCCUCUCCCGAAUCAUUGAGAACUUGAGCAGCUGA